UCAGUGAAUUCAAGUCAAGUGAGUAGUCAAAGUCAUUUCGAUUUUGGCAAAAUUCAAAAUUCAAAUGGUAUGUUAGCUGAUGCAAGUUGAUUAUUGUACCGUGUAUUAAUUUAUUAUAUUAUAUGCGCUAGGCGCUGCUGCUAAAUGCUAAUACAUAUUAUGUAGACCAAAAGCCUCGCAAAUUACGCUAUUGGCUUCUCAAACAGUCAAAUUAUUUGUGAUUUUUCCGCUUUUGUCGUGAUUCCGGAAUCUGGAUUCGUUCUUACUCCUUAUAUAAAUAUUGUGAUUUGUAUUUUUGUGACAAUGCUAGCAGAAAAUAUAUUGUUAUGUUAUAUUUACAAUUAAUCCUGAUUCUUUCUAAUUAAAUAAGAGAGUAAGAAAAAAGAUUUAUGUCAAUUGAAAAACAGCAAGGUUAUGACGGCGUUGGUCAAAAUUUUUAAAACGAAUUAUGGAUAUCUGGCAAGAAAAACCUAAUGAAUCUCCUAGUAAGAUAUCUGAUAACAACAAAGUCUCGAUCACGUGCUCGAAUGUUCCUGAAGAACUAUUUGAUGCCACUGCAGCCAAGAAACAUUUCAGUAAAUUUGGUCGGGUACAUAAGAUACGACUGCUUCCGAAACGGCAAAUGUGCAUAAUUCAAUAUGAAAAUCACAGUUCAGUAGAGAAAGCUUUACUGAAUGCCGGAGCAUAUGAUGGAUUCUUGUUUGAAGUGACGAGGACUAAAUUACGCACAAGAAGAAAAAGUAAGAAGGAUGAUGAUCCAGAUUGGCUACCAGACUCUGAUGUUGAAGAGGAAUUAACUGCUAUGAGUGGCAGUGCUAUUUAUAGAGUGCCACGACAAAAACCUAUGGAGAUUGAAAAUACAAAUAAAAUAGCUCAAAAGAUUAAACAAACUAUACCAAGGAAGAAGGUUCAAGACCCUCCAAGACCAAAAGCUCAGGUUCAACCAACCAGUGGUAUUGAGUCCCCAGUGAUUGUGGCAACCCAAACCACUCUCAGUACAUCUGAAGCUGCUACGGAGCUGAACCAACUCAGAUCUAAAGUUUCACUAACACCAGAUGAAAAAUGGAGGAUUCUUGACUCACGAGACAGGAUCCUACGUUCAUGGGGCGGGGCAGGCUCAAGGGUGAAAGUAGGAGGUGCUACCAUUGGAACAUGUCCAGACAUGUGUCCGGAGAAAGAAUUGCUGCACAGACAGGCUGAACAUCAGGUGAUGACAUUAGAAACGGUGGUGGACUCAGAUGGUGAACUAGAGACUUGGCGUGCAGUGAAGCAGUACAGUCGUAGCUCAGCUGACCAAGAGAUGCCUAUGUGCUACGAGCUGAGACCUCCACGUGUCCUGAUGAAGACUUGUGCAUAUUUGCUGCAUGAGAUUGCUGACACCACCAGACAGGUAACAUUGGCUGAUUGGUUUCAUUUCAUGUGGGAUCGUUUGCGCAGCAUUCGUAAGGACAUAACACAACAAGCUCUGUGCUGUGCAGAUUCAAUACACCUAGUGGAAAUGUGUGCUCGUUUCCAUGCUCACUGCGCGGCACGCCUCGCCGACCUUGAACACACACAGUUCGACCAGAAACUCAAUACCGACAACCUGACCAAGUGUUUGCAAACCCUGAAGCACAUGUAUUCUGACGCCACGGCCGAUCUGAAACCAAACGAGGCCGAGUUUAGGGGAUAUAUUGCGUUACUUAACCUCGGUGAUGCCAAUUUCUGGUGGGAGAUUAAACAGUUGCCUCUUGAUAUCCAAAAAUCGGCACCAAUCCUAUUUGCAAUCAAAAUUUUUGCUGCACUUGACAACAACAACUAUGUCAGAUUUUUUCGUUUGGUUCGUGAUGAGGCAACUUACCUCCAAGCUUGUAUUCUUCUACGUUAUUUCAAUGAUGUUCGCGCUAGAGCACUGGUUAGAAUAGUUAAAGCCUAUGCCCCCAGAGGUGGUUCGAAGUAUCCAGCUGAAGAUUUAAUUAACUCUCUCGCAUUUGAAUCCUUCGAAAGCAUGCAUGCUUUUAUAUGUCAUUAUGGUCUGCGAUGCUCCAAGUCUGAUCAAGAUGUAUCGGUCAUAUUAGAUCGCAAUCAGUUUAUUGAGGACAGUGAUCCUUACCCUAUGGCACGAUCAAUAGAACUCAUAGAGUCUAAACGUAAGAGUAAUGUGGCAGGUGUAAUCUCUGGUGGCAAUUUACCAAACUAUGACUAUAAGAAUCAUAUUUGUUAUUCCAGUUUUAAUUCUGAUGGUAGAUUAAAAGAUAUGGCUUUGAUUGCUGAAGAUCUGGGCUAUAACACAUUAAAUGAUAGUAAUAAAGAUAUAAGAGCUCUGAAAAAUGAAUUACAUAAGCUCAACAAUGGCGUGAAGAGUUUCGUAAUUAACGAAAUAAUCCAACAUCAAAAAACUAAUACUCCAGAACCAGUUUUACUAAAAGAAUCAAAACCAGAUAUACCAAAAGAGACAAGCUUAUUUACUCCUUCAAGUAAGAAGAAUAGAAGUAAACCAUUCUUUUUCCAACCUGCUACACCUCUUGACGUGCCUGCGGUUAUAAAAAUAUCACCUGAAAAGAUAAGUUCAGAUAAUAUAAAGAACGUUUUUAAAUUUUCCAAACCUAACGCUACUCCUGAUGUAAAAUCUGUACCUCCUAAAAAUAUAUUCGGUUCUAUAACAUCCAAUAGCAAAAUUAGCAGUUCAAGCUUAUUUAAGCUAGAAAAAAGUGAUCAUGAGCAAAGUCAAAAUUUGUUCACAAGCAAAAAUGAAACCAAUGUAUUUUCCAAAACUCAAACAGGGGGUUCAAUAUUUGCACCUACAUUACCACCAAGCAACGAUAGCUCAGUUCCUAUAAAAAGUUUAUUUGCUAGUGCAAAUACUACUAACAUUUUCUUAAAAAAUGAUGUAAAGAAAGGAAGUAUUUUUGCGUCUUCACAAAAACCAUUGGUUACUACGAAUGACGAAAGUGGACCUAAUAAACUCUCACCAGGAACCUUAUUUAAGCAAGCAAAUGAACCUUUCACUUCAAGUAACCAAAAGUAUUCAAUAUUUAGUAGCAAAAAUAAGAUAUUAGAAACCACUAAAACAAUUUUACAAGAAAAUAAUGUGUAUGAAUUUGAUCAUAAUGAACAGCCCAUAAAUAGUGAAAUUUUAUCAUUAAACGAAGAGAAAAAGAAGCGUGAAGAAGAAAUAGAAAGAAUUAAAAAAGAUGCCGAAUUAAGAGAAAUAGAAAGGAAAAACGAAGAAGUGAGACGACAAGAACAAGCACGUCGCAAACAAGAGGAAAUGAAACGGCUAGAAGAAAUUCGGAAAAAGGAACAGGAAAAGAAGGAACUAGAACUGAAAAGAGAACUAGAAGAGAAAAGACAAGCCGAGAUGAAAAGAAUUGCUGAAGUUAAUGCAGAAUUAUUUAAACAAAAGGUUGAGAAAGAAUCUCAAGACCUCAUUGAAGAGUUGUUGGAUGAGUUAAAUAAAGAAUGUGUUGAAAUGUGCAUUAAAGAAGAAAUGGAUAAAUUAAAUAAUCUUAUAAUGUUUGCCAAAGGUUAUACUGAUGAAGUUAUAAAUGAACUAGUAGAAGAUAUAAGUUCUGCUGAGCUUAAUGCUGAAAUUUUCUGGACUAAAACUUUAAUGAAAAAAUGGUUUAAUAUGUGGAAGAAACACACCAUCAGAAAUUUUAAAAGGCGACGUCUACUUGAUGAUACACCUAUUUGGUUAUCCGAUAAAACACCUAAAGAGAAAGCUAGAUUUUUAAAAAGGUUAUCAGAAGAUUCGGCAUUAAAACAAAUGAAUGCGUUUCACAGAGGUUAUAAAUUCAAAGGAGAGUUAAAUGAAUUGCCACCUCCAGAGAAAUAUAACAUCAUGGAACUUAUAAAAUCUCCAUUGCUUAAACGAAUGAAACAAAUUAACUAUCCUUAUGAUAAGUGCUUCUUUUGGAAGUUGACACUUGUUGCGCCAGGCUCAAAUACUUGGGCAUAUAAAAAAAUUAAUAUUGAGAGAUGGCUUUUAAAUGCAUUUGGUGGUGAAUUUUCUAUGACUGUAAAUGGCCUUAUACAUUUAAAAAAGCAAUCAUGGAAUAAUUUAAUGGAUUUUGCUACAUCUGUAACACUGAUAAUAGAGGACAAAUGCCAAAAUCAUGAAGAAGUUCUUCAAGGGUCUAAUGGGCUAAUAUUUUAUAUGUGCCAUGAAAUAAAUUAUAAUAUAGAUAUAAUUGAAAAUGUUUUAAAGAAAAUGGUUGUAUAUCAUGUGGUGCCUAUAGCAAUUAUUACAACCAAGAUAAAUAAUACAAUAUUUGAAAAUGAUCUUAAGUCAUUAUUAUCUAAACACAUGGAAGACAAAGUUAUAUCUGAUUUUAAAAUAUAUGUUUUAAAUCCAGAAAACGCUGCAGAAUCCUUGAGUUUGUCAACAAAAAGUGCUAUGAAGUGGCUUGCUAAACGGUGCCCGAAACCACCAUCAAUAGAAAUUGACUCUGUAAAAGGAUUAUGUGAAAGAUAUUUGGGUAAUGAGCUAUGGCAUCGAUUGAGGUCAGAACACGAUUUGAGAGUCAAGGAUGUGAUGACGGAUUUGAGAAAAUUAGUCGAUCUAUACAAUGUAUCUGUAGAUAAAUUGACAGAUGUUCUGACUGAUGAAAACCUUAUCAACUACCCAUCAUUUCCACUUGAAUUCAAAAAGUAUUUAAAUAACUCUUCACCUUAUCCUAAGCCAUAUGAGUUUAUACAUAGUAAUGUCAAAAAUGGUGGUAAUUUGGAGUCAAUACGAUUUAUAAUGCAACAUCUGAAAUUGGAGAUUCCUAAACUAAAAAAUCAUUUAAAGAAUUCAUGUGUGCAAAAUCAAGUCCAACAGUAUUGUGAAGAAAUUGGUUGGCUAACUGACUCUGAUGUGGUGUGUAAAGUUGUUGCUCUCAUACCUAAAGACUUGAAUAAUAUUUCCUUAGCAUGUGAUGGGUUUGUCAAAAAUUUAAAUCAACUUCAUCCUGUAGAUAUAUUGAAUGUAAUAGUGUACGAAAAAUUCACGAGAAUAAAAGAUUUUGAAACAUAUUUUGCAAUUUACGAUAAGAAUGCACUAGACGGAUUUCGCAAUCUGGAUUGGUUAUAUAAUGUCAAAGUAAUUGCUGAUAUGAAACAUAAAGUUAAUGAAUUCAAAGAUGAGAUAGAUUAUUAUAUAGAAGCAAAACGACGAAGAGUUGAUGAAGAAUUCUUGGAAUACCCUGCCUUGCAAGAAAAAGAUUGUACCAAAUUACAGAGUAUAAUAGAAGCUGUAGAUAAAAGACUUGUAAAGGGCAGCAUGUGUACUAAAGCCCUGACAGAGUUAGAAAAAACAAUUGAUGAAGGAAAGAAGAGAUCAGAAGAAAUAGAUAAUUUGCUUCGAAUGUUUUACAAUGAUUAAUAUGUUUAGGCAUUAAUAAAAAUGUGAUAAAUAUUUUUUUAAA